AAGGCGGUGGCGCCUGCCGCCGCCUCAGACCGCGCCGGCCGCGCUCCCGCUUUCCUUUCACACGGCUCCCGCUGCACCGGCGCUGGACAUGGGCUCCGCGGGCACCCGGCCCGCUCUGGCGGCCGCUCUCCUCUGCCUGGCCCGUCUGGCUCUGGGCUCGCCCUGCCCCGCCGUGUGCCAGUGCCCGGCGGCCACGCCGCAGUGCGCCCCGGGCGUGGGGCUGGUGCCGGACGGCUGCGGCUGCUGCAAGGUCUGCGCCAAGCAACUGAACGAGGACUGCAGCCGAUCGCAGCCCUGCGACCACACCAAGGGGCUGGAGUGCAACUUCGGGGCCAGCCCCGCCGCCCUGAAGGGCAUCUGCAGAGCACAGUCCGAGGGAAGACCGUGUGAAUAUAACUCCAAAAUCUACCAGAACGGCGAGAGCUUCCAGCCGAACUGUAAACACCAGUGUACGUGCAUAGAUGGAGCUGUGGGCUGCAUCCCGCUCUGCCCGCAGGAGCUCUCUCUUCCCAACCUGGGCUGCUCCAGCCCCAGGCUGGUCAAAGUCCCCGGGCAGUGCUGCGAGGAGUGGGUCUGUGACGAAAGCAAGGAUGCACUGGAGGAGCUGGAAGGUUUUUUCAGCCAAGAGUUUGGUCCGGAUGAUUCCGAAGGCGAAUUAACCAGGAACAAUGAGCUAAUUGCCAUCGUGAAGGGAGGCCUGAAAAUGCUACCCGUUUUUGGAUCCGAGCCACAAAGCCGAACUUUUGAGAAUCCCAAAUGCAUUGUGCAAACAACCUCUUGGUCCCAGUGCUCAAAGACGUGUGGAACUGGCAUCUCCACCAGGGUGACAAAUGACAAUCCUGACUGCAAGCUCAUCAAAGAGACCAGGAUAUGUGAAGUGAGGCCAUGUGGCCAGCCCAGCUAUGCCUCCCUAAAGAAGGGAAAGAAGUGUACCAAGACAAGGAAGUCCCCCUCCCCGGUGAAGUUUACUUAUGCUGGAUGUUCCAGUGUGAAGAAGUACCGGCCCAAGUACUGCGGCUCCUGUGUGGAUGGCAGGUGCUGCACACCCCAGCAGACCAGGACUGUCAAGGUCAGGUUCCGCUGCGAUGACGGGGAGACCUUCACCAAGAGUGUCAUGAUGAUCCAGUCCUGCCGAUGCAGCUACAACUGCCCGCACGCCAACGAAGCCUACCCCUACUACAGACUGGUCAACGACAUUCACAAAUUUAGGGACUAACUUGUGUUGGGGGUGGGAUGCAAAACAGAAUUUUGAAGUACCCAGCCAUGGAGAAAGGACCUUUGAUGGAAGUGGUGCCUUGCCCAUUUGAGGGCAACAUCGAGAUGUUACAGGAGUGCACUGUGCAACUGGACACUAAUGCAACAGAGAUUUAAGCAUACUUAAAGCUUCAUAAUACUGGAGCAACUUUACUGCUUCUUUUUGGAGCACCUUACUUAAUUAUAUACUGUUUUCUGUUUGUAAGUGAUCAGAUUAAUGUUUUGUUCCGGUUAUGAAAACUUUUCUGUCCUGUUCAAUUUAACACUAUGCUUCUUCCCCUUCCUUCAAUCUUCUCCCAUCCUUUCCCAACUAAGUUGGAAGUUACAUUCCUUCCUGAGGUGGGCACCUGUGGGGUGUUCACAGUGGCAGCUAUUAUGUACCGACUGUAGUUUAAUGGCAAACAGAAAUCAGUUGUUUUAAAGCUGAGUAUUUUAUUUAUCAAACUGUAGCUUUUUGUUUGUUUGUUUCCUCUGAGGUUUUUUUUUACCCCUUCCAGCCCCUGUAAUACUGGAAUAAGUUGUAAAUGAUUUUAAUUUUAUAUUCAAUGAAUUAAAAGAAUUUAUUUAUGGAAUUAAUCAUUUAAUAAAGAAAUAUUUACCUAA